UAUGCUUUACAGAUAUGAAGUGGGUGCUACCCUGUGUCCUCCUAUCGCUGACAACCCUUGUUGAGUCCUUUGCAUGGCUAGCCUUGUUAAAUCUCACCCGUAAUGGUGAAUCUUUAUGCCUGGAAUACCAGUUUGGCAACUGGACUGUCUGGUGAAGGAGCCUCCAUAAUAAGUGCCUGAGUGGACACGGAACAAGGCGUGGGGUGACGUGGCUCAUCAGGGCGCAAGGGAAUACCACUUUGUAUCGACCAGGGUUGGGACUGCUGGGGAACGUGGACUCUGUGACAAGCUUCUAGUGUCAUGUCUUUGCACGGGGUUGAGAACUGAGCUAAUGUGUCUAUUACUUGUGUUGUCCAUUCCUUACAGCCCUCAACAGUGCUUGUGAGACCUCCUGUAACAGAGGUGAGAAGGAUACUUAAGUGAGCAUAUCCAGAACUACUUCUAUACGUAGUGUGGCAAGUCACUCACCUUCUCACUGAAGUGGCAUACAUGUGAAGGUAUGCAUGAGAAGAGUCGAGUGGUGCAGCCAGAAGACUAUUGUGCAAGGAAUCAGUGAUCCUCAUGCCUCCUGCCUUCUCAUGUAUGCAGCUGCAUUCUGAAUAGCCUGUGACUGCUUACCAACCCACUAUACCAAAGUAUCCAUGAUUACUCAGGCAUGUGUCUCUGUACCAUGGACACCAUGUGACUGCUCUAUGCAGUAGUAUAAUUAAUUAGUGUAUACACAAUAAAUGUGCACGAAUUCAGUAUGAGACUAGUGUAUUGUCUUGUCCACCUGAAAUAUUAUAUGCACCUGUUCAAGAAUUGUAACUCUAUUGAGGUAGGGAUAUUGGAGCACAUGGUCCAAGGGACUCUUCAAAGUUAAGUCUGCAUUCCAAGCUUGACUGCUACAAGUGACUGAUGAAUCUGUAUUGUGAGCAAGACUCUAGAAGAAUACUAGCAAUUCUGGGCUGGCAAACCUUACCACAAAUGAGAAUUCUGCACAGCAUGCUGUGAUCCACAAGGAAGGGCUUGUCCAAUGCUGCAGUUUCCAUCUUUUACUCAGACUUGGUUAACCAGCUUUGAGUGUCAGUGCCUUUCUUACUGAGAUCCCAGAAGAACCAGCACCUCCUUGCUGCAAAACAUUAUGCUAGGUAAAAAGUUGGAAUCUGCUUAUUCAUGCAACUAACUCAAGCUAACCAUCUUGCUCCUUCCUGAUAUCCUGGAAUUGUGUGUUUCUGUCAGUAAAACUAUGUAAUGCAGCACUUGGCAGUUUGUCAGCACAGUGUGUCUUUGUGGGAGGGUUUAUCUGGCAAGGCGAAGUGUCAGGCUUAAUGUGUGGGAGGGUCAGAUCCCGGGAUUUUCCAAGAAAUUUUUUUCCACAAGAAAUUUCCCGUCUCGUGGAGGACAGGCCAGCUGAGAGAAUAAAAGGCCGUAGUAAAGGCACGGGAUUACACAGUCCAGACACUUGGAGCUGAACUUAAUCUUCAAGACUGUAUUCAGCAACUUAGCAACAGAAAUCAGUCACUGAGAAAUAUCGCGGAGGACUUUUGCCACCCAGCCACCACAACUACAACCUCCAUCCACUUAAAAGAUAAAGAUAAGAGAAAACUCUCAAACAUGAUUUUCUUGUGGUUCCUAUCUCUUCUUGCUUAUGGACUUACAAUACUGCAGGGGGUGAAUUGUUGGACAUACCAUUAUUCAGACACAAACAUGACCUACAGGGAAGCAGAGCUGUGGUGCAAAAAGAGGUAUACUAACAUGGUUGCCAUUCAGAAUAAGGACGAAAUCAACUAUCUCAAUAACUUCUUACCCUUCAAUCCGGGUUACUACUGGAUUGGAAUCAGAAAAAUUAAUGACGUAUGGACCUGGAUUGGAACUAACAAAGAACUAACACAAGAGGCAGAAAACUGGGCUUCAGGUGAGCCAAAUGGCAAAGGGAACAAUGAGGACUGUGUUGAAAUCUACAUCAAAAGAGGGAAGGAUGACGGCAAAUGGAAUGAUGAACAGUGUGAAAAAAAGAAGGUCGCCUUGUGCUACACAGCUUCUUGCAACCCAUCUCUCUGCAGUGGCCGUGGAGAAUGCAUAGAGACUAUUAACAAUCACACUUGCCAUUGUAACCCUGGAUUCUAUGGGCCUGAAUGCGAGUUUGUUGAGAGUUGUCAUCCACUAAAGAAACCUGAUCAUGGGAGCCUCCAGUGCAACCAUCCAUUGGAGAACUUCAGCUACAGCUCAUCCUGCACAGUUCAGUGUGAGGAAGGCUAUGAACUGACUGCAUUGGAAUCUGUAUACUGUACCUCUUCUGGGGUCUGGUCUGCCCCCCUUGCAGCAUGCAAAGCUGUGACCUGUCCUGCCUUAGAAAUGCCUGCUCAUGGUGCUGUGAACUGCUCCCAUCCCUCUGUGGAGCUCACCUGGGGUACCACCUGUGAGUUUACCUGUGAGGAAGGAUUUGCCCUGACAGGACCAGCCACACUGCAGUGUGGGUCUUCUGGGGCCUGGGACAGGCAGCAGCCAUCCUGUGCAGCUGUGAGAUGUGAGGCUGUAACCUGGCCAGAAGAAGGCUUUGUGACCUGUGACCACGCUCCUGCAGAUCUCACCUAUCGCUCACGUUGUGAUUUCCACUGCAGCGAGGGCUACGUUCUGGAUGGCCCAUCCAGCAUUGAGUGCACGGCACAGGGACAGUGGUCAGAGCCAGUGCCAAAAUGCAAAGCUGUGACCUGUCCUGCCUUAGAAAUGCCUGCUCAUGGUGCUGUGAACUGCUCCCAUCCCUCUGUGGAGCUCACCUGGGGUACCACCUGUGAGUUUACCUGUGAGGAAGGAUUUGCCCUGACAGGACCAGCCACACUGCAGUGUGGGUCUUCUGGGGCCUGGGACAGGCAGCAGCCAUCCUGUGCAGCUGUGAGAUGUGAGGCUGUAACCUGGCCAGAAGAAGGCUUUGUGACCUGUGACCACGCUCCUGCAGAUCUCACCUAUCGCUCACGUUGUGAUUUCCACUGCAGCGAGGGCUACGUUCUGGAUGGCCCAUCCAGCAUUGAGUGCACGGCACAGGGACAGUGGUCAGAGACAGUGCCAAAAUGCAAAGUUGUACAGUGUGAACCACUGAGCCCUCCUGAGAAAGGCUCUAUGGAUUGCUCACAUGGUGCUGGGAACUUCACAUACAACACAGCCUGCCACUUCAGCUGUCUAGAAGGAUGGAGGCUCAAUGGUUCUCAUGUUCUUGAGUGCAAUCAUUCAGGAAACUGGAGUGCCAGUCUGCCCACAUGUGAAGCUUCUGAACAAGUCAGCUAUGUCUCUGUGGGCAUAGCAGCCACAAGUGCCUCUCUGUUGUCCAUGGCAUCAUUCCUCCUUUGGCUUGCAAGACGUUUCCGAAGAAAAGCAAAGAAAUUUACUCCUUCCAGCUGCCAAAGCCUAACCACUGAAGGUAGUUUCCAAAGUGCUGUCCAGAAUGUCUAACUCUGGGUGUUUCAGGAAUUGAAGCCUUCUUUACUUAUGUCUCAGAGAUUUCUGGAGAAUGAAACUGCAUGCAAAUCAGCAGCUGUCCAGAUGUUUUUACCUCUUGCUGACAAGAUGACUGACCUUGUGUAUUGUUCAGAAAUUUUGAAUUCAAGCUGUCUGGUAUUUCCAUUGAAGACAAGCACAGAGUAAAACUCUGGCCUUCUGGCAAAAUACUGUCUACAUUCAGUCAUGUAGUUAUCAUAACUGGGAGCUUGCCAUCUCUUGUCCAGAUGGUGAGCAAAUAGUAAGCUGCUGCCUAAAGAGGAGGCUGGUUUCUCCUCUGGUCUACUCAAAGGUACCUAGGUGAGGUGAAGACAUGCAUUAUUUCACAUCACUUACUACACUGCUGGAGACGUCUUCUCUGGAGUCAUAUGGGUUAUACUUGCAGAAACAGAGUAAUUGGGAUGAAAAAAUAUUCAUUGAAUAGCUUUGAAACCAUUGAUCUGGUUUGUUGUCGAAGUCAGUUUAUUUUAAGAGGAUGUCCUACUCCAUAAAUAUGCCUGUAAUGAUAUGGGCCAUUAUUUGGGUUUCUGCUGCAUGUCCCAGAAAGCUUAGGGAUGUUAAACUCUUUUUUUUUUUUUUUUGGUAAUAGCACUAGGAAUCGUAGUGCAUAUACUAGGUACUCUGGUUUCUGAAUGCAGCAAGUAGAUCUGAAAUGAUCUCAUCCCUGUGGGAUUAUGCACUGUAAUACAGGUGUAUACAUAAAUAUUUAAUUGUGCAAUUUUUACUGUGGAUAUUUCUGUGCUAUUAACUGUAAAUGUAUUGUAAAAUACUUGUUUCUGAGUAGGUCUGUGGCCAUUGAUCUGGGCCCAGGUAAUUUUAUAAUAAUUCAGAGGUGUUUGUAAGGAUUUCAUGCCUGCAUAUGAUUUACAAAUAAAAUGGAAGCCUGAGAUUUGUGUAUAUAUAUUGCAAGUAUGAUUUAUUAUGCUGUUAAAGGACUUCAAAUGAGAAAGUCUUUCUUAAGUUAUGUUUAAGUUAUAAUCAUAAAUUUAAAAUCUCUGACAUAGAA